GGUUUCCUCAGAGCCGGGGCCCGGAACGUGGCGCCGUGGGCCGGGCGGGCGGAGCGGGAUCGGUCCGGCGAGGGGCGGCGGCGACAGAGGAGGGGCCGGAGCGCGAUGGAGCAACAGGCGGCGCCGCCCGCCCCGCCGGGGGCCGCAGCGGGGGGCCGGGGGCGGCGGCGGCGGGAGCGGGACGCGGAGCCCCCUCGGAUUUCUUUCUUUGGAUCCAAAACUGUUGGAAGAAGAAGUCCUGACAGCCCCAUGUUGAGCAAAGCUGAAUUUGUUGAGAAAGUUCGACAGAGCAACCAGGCUUGCCAUGAUGGUGACUUCCAUACAGCAAUUGUGUUGUACAAUGAGGCCUUGGGAGUUGAUCCUCAGAACUGCAUUCUGUACAGUAACCGUUCAGCAGCCUACAUGAAAAUCCAGCAGUACGACAAGGCCCUGGAUGAUGCCAUCAAAGCAAGACUUCUAAAUCCUAAGUGGCCCAAGGCAUACUUCCGACAGGGCGUAGCCCUUCAGUACCUGGGACGCCAUGCAGAUGCACUGGCAGCGUUUGCAUCGGGGCUGGCGCAGGAUCCCAAAAGCCUGCAGCUUCUGGUUGGCAUGGUCGAGGCCGCCAUGAAGUCUCCCAUGCGAGAGUCCCUGGAGCCAACCUAUCAACAAUUGCAGAAGAUGAAGCUGGACAAGAGCCCCUUUGUUGUGGUGUCUGUGAUUGGCCAGGAACUUCUGACUGCAGGCCAUCAUGGGGCCUCUGUGGUUGUACUGGAAGCUGCCCUGAAGAUUGGCACUUGCAGCCUAAAGCUGCGGGGGUCGGUGUUCUCUGCACUGAGCAGUGCUUAUUGGUCCCUUGGGAACACAGAGAAAAGCACCGGAUACAUGCAGCAGGACUUGGACGUAGCCAAGACUUUAGGUGACCAGACGGGAGAAUGCCGAGCUCAUGGGAAUCUAGGCUCCGCAUUCUUCUCCAAAGGAAAUUAUCGGGAGGCCCUUACUAACCACAGACAUCAGCUGGUGCUCGCCAUGAAACUCAAGGACAGAGAGGCAGCAUCCGCAGCACUGAGCAGUCUGGGCCAUGUGUACACAGCCAUCGGGGACUACCCAAACGCACUGGCGAGCCACAAGCAGUGUGUCCUCCUUGCAAAGCAAUCCAAAGAUGAGCUGUCUGAGGCACGGGAGCUGGGCAACAUGGGAGCAGUGUACAUUGCGAUGGGGGAUUUUGAAAAUGCAGUGCAGUGCCAUGAGCAACAUCUUAAGAUCGCCAAGGAGCUGGGGAAUAAGAGGGAGGAAGCCCGAGCUUACAGCAACCUGGGCAGUGCUUACCACUACCGGAGGAACUUCGACAAAGCCAUGUCCUACCACAACUACGUGCUGGAGUUGGCCCAGGAGCUGGCUGAGAAAGCCAUUGAGAUGCGAGCUUAUGCCGGCUUGGGCCACGCAGCUAGAUGCAUGCAGGACCUGGAGAGGGCUAAGCAGUACCACGAGGAGCAGUUGCACAUCGCUGAGAGCCUGCAGGACCGAGCUGCUGAAGGCAGAGCCUCCUCCAAUUUAGGAAUCAUUCACCAGAUGAAAGGUGACUAUGACACCGCACUGCGGCUGCACAAGACACAUCUGUCUAUAGCCCAGGAGCUCAGCGAUUACGCAGCCCAGGGCCGGGCCUAUGGUAACAUGGGCAAUGCUUAUAACGCUCUGGGCGUGUACGACCAGGCUGUCAAGUACCAUCGGCAGGAGCUGCAGAUCUCUAUGGAAGUUAACGACCGGGCCUCUCAAGCAUCUACACAUGGGAACUUGGCGGUUGCCUAUCAAGCACUGGGUGCCCAUGAUCGUGCUCUGCAGCACUACCAAAACCAUCUCAACAUUGCCCGGGAGCUGCGAGACAUCCAGAGCGAAGCACGAGCCCUCAGCAAUUUGGGCAACUUCCACUGCUCGCGAGGAGAGUACGUGCAGGCAGCCCCUUACUACGAGCAGUACCUACGCCUGUCCCCAGAGCUGCAGGACAUGGAAGGGGAGGGAAAGGUUUGCCAUAAUCUUGGUUACGCCCAUUACUGCCUCGGGAACUACGAAGAGGCUGUUAAGUACUACGAGCAGGACCUUGCGUUAGCAAAGGAUCUCCAUGACAAGCUGAGCCAAGCCAAAGCGUAUUGCAACUUGGGCCUGGCCUUCAAAGCCUUGAUGGACUUCAGCAAAGCAGAGGAGUGUCAGAAGUACCUGUUGUCCCUGGCCCAGUCUCUGAACAAUUCCCAGGCCAAAUUCCGAGCCCUGGGGAACUUGGGGGAUAUUUUUGUCUGUAAAAAAGACGUAAAUGGUGCAAUAAAGUUUUAUGAGCAGCAGUUGAGCUUAGCCCAUCAUGUUAAAGACAGGAGACUGGAAGCCAGUGCCUAUGCAGCCCUGGGCUCUGCGUACAGAAUGAUACAGAAGUGUGACAAGGCUUUAGGUUACCAUACACAGGAGCUGGAGGUGUACCAGGAGCUGGGAGAUAUGCCAGGAGAAUGCAGAGCACACGGUCACCUUGCUGCAGUGUACAUGUCACUUGGGAAGUACACCAUGGCCUUCAAGUGCUACGAAGAACAGCUGGAGCUUGGGCAGAAGUUGAAGGACCCCAGCAUAGAAGCCCAAGUCUAUGGCAACAUGGGCAUCACCAAGAUGAACAUGAACGUCAUGGAGGAAGCUAUUGGCUACUUCGAGCAGCAGCUGGCCAUGCUGCAGCAGCUCAGUGGAAAUGAAUCCGUGUUAGAUCGGGGCCGAGCAUAUGGGAACCUGGGGGAUUGUUAUGAAGCUCUGGGGGAUUUUGAGGAAGCGAUAAAGUAUUAUGAGCAGUACCUGUCUGUCGCACAAAGCUUGAACCGCAUGCAAGAUCAGGCAAAGGCCUACCGAGGCCUGGGGAAUGGGCACAGAGCUAUGGGAAGUUUGCAGCAGGCCCUGGUGUGCUUUGAGAAGAGGCUUGUGGUGGCACACGAGCUGGGGGAGGCAUUUAACAAAGCCCAGGCCUAUGGUGAGCUGGGGAGCCUGCACAGCCAGCUCGGGAACUACGAGCAAGCCAUCUCGUGCCUGGAACGGCAGCUGAACAUUGCUCGUGAGAUGAAGGACCGUGCUCUGGAGAGCGACGCUGCCUGCGGUCUUGGUGGGGUCUACCAGCAGAUGGGAGAGUACGACACAGCCCUGCAGUAUCACCAGCUGGACCUGCAGAUUGCAGAAGAGACCAACAACCCUACUUGCCAAGGCCGAGCCUAUGGGAACUUGGGCCUGACCUAUGAGUCCUUGGGCACCUAUGAAAGGGCAGUAGUGUAUCAGGAGCAGCAUCUCAGCAUUGCAGCACAAAUGAACGAUCUCGUAGCCAAGACUCUGUCCUACAGCAGUCUGGGGAGGACGCAUCAUGCCUUGCAGAACUACUCUCAGGCUGUGAUGUACCUACAGGAAGGACUGAGGCUGGCGGAGCAGCUGGGACGCAGAGAAGAUGAGGCCAAAAUCCGCCAUGGCCUCGGCCUCUCCCUCUGGGCGAGUGGGAACCUGGAGGAGUCUCAGCACCAGCUCUACCGGGCCUCGGCACUGUUUGAAACCAUCCGCCAUGAGGUGCAGCUGAGCACAGAUUACAAGCUGUCACUCUUCGACCUGCAGACAUCUUCCUACCAGGCCCUGCAGCGAGUACUUGUCAGCCUCGGUCACCAUGAUGAAGCUUUGGCAGUAGCAGAGAGGGGACGAACAAGGGCAUUUGCUGACCUGCUUGUGGAACGCCAGACUGGGCAGCAGGACUCUGAUCCCUAUUCUCCAGUGACCAUUGACCAGGUCCUGGAGACAGUGAAUGGCCAGAGAGGACUUGUUCUCUACUACUCACUAGCUGCAGGUUACCUGUACAGCUGGCUGCUGGCUCCUGGGGCAGGUAUUCUGAAAUUCCACGAGUAUUAUCUGGGUGACAGCUUGACAGAAAAUGCCGGGGACUUCCAUGAAGCCAACAGUGUGACCCUGCAAACAGUAACAAACUCUGCACUGGAACAGUACAUCUCAAGCGUGCGGGAGGCUCUGGGUGUGGAUUCCUACUAUACCCGAGCCUGUGCUAGCAGUGAGACUGAGAGUGAAGCUGGAGAUAUCAUGGACCAGCAGUUUGAGGAGAUGAAUAACAAGCUGAACUCAAUGACUGAUCCAACUGGCUUCCUGAGGAUGGUCAGCAGGAACAACCUCUUGAACAGGAGCAGUCAGAGCAUGACCAGUCUGUUCAGCAGUACCAUGUCUCCUGUUAAGGAUGGAACAUCUUCUCUUCCAAGGAGGCAGGCUUCCUUCACCAAACCCCCGCUGCGAGCACUCUACGACUUACUGAUAGGACCCAUGGAAGGAGGCUUGAUGCAUUCCAGUGGGCCCGUUGGCCGUCACCGCCAGCUGAUCUUGGUUCUGGAGGGAGAACUGUACCUCAUUCCUUUUGCUCUCCUGAAGGGCAGUUCCUCCAAUGAGUACCUCUAUGAGCGCUUCAGCCUCAUUGCAGUACCGUCCAUCCAGUCGCUGAAUCCCAGCUCCAAGUCCCAUGGGAAGAAGAAUACUUCUGCUUACUCCAGUUCUACCUCAAUGGCAGCUGUCAUAGGAAAUCCCAAGCUCCCUUCAGCAGUUAUGGAUAGGUGGCUGUGGGGACCUAUGCCCUCUGCAGAAGAGGAAGCGUAUAUGGUAUCAGAGUUACUUGGCUGCCAACCCUUAGUUGGCAGUGCAGCAACAAAAGAGAGAGUCAUGAGUGCCCUCACUCAGGCAGAGUGUGUCCAUUUUGCAACCCACGUCUCCUGGAAGCUUGCUGCUUUGGUCCUGACACCCAACACUGACAGCAAUCCAGCCAGCAGCAAGAGUUCAUUUGGGAACCCCUACACAAUUCCAGAAUCCCUUCGCAUGCAGGAUGAUGCCAGUGAUGUGGAGAGCAUCUCAGACUGUCCUCCCCUCCAGGAGUUUCUGCUGACUGCAGCUGAUGUCCUGGAUCUGCGGCUUCCUGUAAAAUUAGUGGUUCUUGGCUCUUACCAAGAAUCCAACAGCAAAGUCACUGCUGAUGGAGUCAUUGGCUUGACAAGAGCAUUCCUGGCUGCUGGGGCUCAGUGUGUCCUAGUGUCCCUCUGGCCUGUUCCAGUGGCUGCUUCCAAAAUGUUUGUGCACGCCUUCUAUUCCUCCCUCUUAAAUGGGAUGAAAGCCAGCGCAGCCCUUGGUGAAGCAAUGAAGACUGUACAGAGCAGCAAGCAGUUCUCCCAUCCAUCCAACUGGGCAGGCUUCAUGCUUAUUGGGAGCGAUAUGAAGCUGAACAGCCCCUCUUCACUGGUAGGACAGGCCCUGACUGAGAUUCUGCAGCAUCCUGAAAGGGCACGGGAUGCCCUGCGUGUCCUGCUGCAUCUGGUGGAGAAAUCAUUGCAGCGAAUCCAGAAUGGGCAGCACAACUCCAUGUAUACUUCCCAGCAAAGCGUGGAGAAUAAAGUUGGAGGUAUCCCAGGCUGGCAGGCACUGCUCACAGCAGUGGGGUUUCGCUUGGACCCUCCAGCCAGCGGCCUGCCAGCAGCAGUGUUCUUCCCCACCUCUGACCCUGGUGAACGACUGCAGCAGUGCAGCAGCACCAUACAGUCCCUCCUAGGUUUGCCUAACCCUGCACUUCAGGCACUUUGUAAACUUAUCACAGCUUCAGAAACAGGAGAACAGCUCAUCAACAGGGCUGUUAAAAAUGUGGUGGGAAUGCUACAUCAAGUCCUGGUUCAACUUCAGGCAGGCGAGAAGGAACAGGAUUUCUCCUCUGCACCAAUCCAGGUUUCUAUCAGCGUCCAACUCUGGAGGCUUCCUGGCUGUCACGAGUUUCUGGCAGCUCUAGGUUUUGACCUUUGUGAAGUGGGGCAAGAGGAGGUGAUUCUGAAAACUGGGAAACAAGCUAAUAGGAGGACCAUGCACUUUGCUCUACAGUCCUUGCUGGCACUUUUUGAUUCUACAGAGCUGCCUAAGCGUCUUAGCCUGGACAGUUCCUCAUCACUGGAGUCACUGGCUUCUGCUCAGUCUAUUUCCAACCCUGUACCACAGUACCAAAACCCACCAUUCUCUCCUACUUGUCCAGAUGGCAUCGCAUCAGAUGCCAUUUCUGUGUACAGCCUGAGCUCCAUCGCCUCUUCCAUGAGUUUUGUUUCCAAGCCAGAGAGCAUGCUGGAUGGUGCGGGACACAGAGGACGCCAGGACUAUGAGAGGCCCAAGAACAUCUAUCCGCAUAGGUCUGCAGUGCAGAGCCAAUUGUCUCCACAAACCAGCAUGGUAGCCAGCAAAGAUGAAGAAGAAUAUGAAGGUUUUUCUAUAAUCAGCAAUGAGCCUUUGGCCAGUUACCAGGAAAACGUAAAAACAAGAUUUUCCCCUGAUCACAAGCAGGCCAAAGCUGGUCAAACUGGCGGUGUUAAAGAGCCUGUGAAUUCCAAAGGAAGCAUAAGUACUCCAAAUUCUCCUGUUAAAAUGACUCUUAUUCCCAGCCCAAACUCACCUUUCCAAAAAGUUGGAAAACUUGCAAGUUCUGAUACUGGGGAAUCUGACCAGUCUAGUACUGAGACUGACAGCACUGUCAAAUCCCAAGAGGAGAGUAAUCCAAAGCUUGAUCCUCAAGAGUUGGCCCAGAAAAUCCUGGAGGAAACUCAGAGUCACCUCAUUGCUGUUGAACGCCUUCAGAGAAGCAGCAGUCAAAUAAGUAAGAGCAAAAAUUCAGAUGAUGCAGCUUCCACACCAGCAGGUAUGUCUGCAUUCAAAUCAUCAGAGACCAGUGCGUUCAGCAGGCCAAUCAGCUCGAGUCAGAAAAAUCAGUCUUCACCUCUUGCAAUUAAACCAAAGCCUCCAACAAGGAGUUCAUCCCUUCAGAAAGUCAGUUCUGGCUAUAAUAGCCCCACAACAUCGGAGAUGUCAAACAAAGAAGGCACGGGCCAGUACAGCGGGCAGCCAUCUCCAAGUUGUGAUUCACAUGGGUCCUUAACUGAGCAGCCACACUUUAAGCUCAAGUACCCCAGCUCUCCUUACAGUGCUCAUAUUUCUAAAUCACCCAGAAAUAUCUCCCCAAGCUCAGGGCAUCAGUCUCCUGCUGGCAGCACUCCAUCUCCAGCUCUUUCUUACUCCUCCACCGGUUCUGCUCGCUCUAGUCCAGCUGAUGCUCCAGACAUAGACAAACUGAAAAUGGCUGCCAUUGAUGAGAAAGUGCAAGCGAUUCACAACUUAAAGAUGUUCUGGCAGAACACUCCCCAGCACUCCAGUGGCCCGAUAAAGAUUCUCCGAGGAGCACCUGGAACAAUGACUUCUAAGAAAGAUGUCCUCAGCUUGCUAAAUUUAUCUCCACGGCACAGUAAAGAAGAAAGUGCAGAAAAGCUGGAACUAAAGGACCUGUCUAUUGAGCAACGCCUUGCUUCUCCACAGAAGAACCCUCCAAAUGGACACAGGCACCCUGAAACCACAAACGCAGUGACAUCAGCUCACCCUCCACCUUCCAGUAGUGCUGCAGGGACUGUACGCCCCAUGAGGCUGCCGUCUGGGAACGGUUAUAAAUUCUUGUCACCAGGAAGAUUUUUUCCUUCCUCCAAAUGUUGAGAUGUCUUGAGUAACAACUGAUGACUUACAGUCUUGUUAAAGUAUUUGCUUCUGCCCACUUGCCUUUAUCGAUACAGAACCACAGAAUAUUAUCUAAGAAGCCAUGGUCAUACCUUUGUCAAUGCACAGAAAUGCGACAGAUUGGCCCUCGCUGUCCCUGUGUAGGAACGUGGGCCUCACACAGAUGGGUUUUAGUUUCUGUUAUCGGGUCUUUGGCCAGACUUGCUUCACGGGUUCUAUUUGCGUUCCGUUUUUGCUGCAGCGAGUCCAGCGAAUCUCUUUCUGUUCAUCAAAUGCUAGAUUUUAAGCCACCACGUUGUAUUUUUUAUCCUCACGGGAGGUUUUACAGCUGGCUUUUUAUACAGAAAUAAUACAUAUCAGGGAUUGGAGGGAGAAGAGAGGAGGCAGAACUUCUGUAAAGCAUGCACAGGUUUCUGCCUGCAGCAGUACAAGCCAUUGCUGUGGUUGGUUUAAAGGCUGGCAGAGAGGAGGAGAUAACACACCUCUAGGUACUCCAGUAAGUCGUUAGCAAAACACGAGAAAUUGCUGACACUGCAACUCCAUAGCAGUUCUCUUUUCAUUGAUACAUACAGUGACACAAAGACAAGAGGAGAGAGAUGCCCCAUUCUAAAACCUGCAUCCCAGGUAACUUCUGUCUGGAGAGAAACCUCUCGGGUGACUUUCUGCUGGUUGAUGUGCUCCCCGAGAAUGUUUGGGUAUAACGGAGAAGGUGAGCCUCAGCGUGAAGUAGUGAGUCUGUGCCAGAGAGGUGAGCUCUGUGGUAAUCGACGCUCUGAUCUCCCUGGCACACAAUGUUACGAUGGUGAAAUUUGGUCUUGGCAAGAAUUUGGGCAGUGCAGAUAUCUUCUGUCUGCUGAGUGUGUGCAGAGUUACAGACACUGAGGCUCAUAAUGUUAUUUUGUAGUUCCACAUUGGCAGGAAUGUGACAUCAGUGUAUGCGGUUUAGAAGUUACCCAUCCAAGUAAAUCCUUCUCUGAUCCUACUAAAUGUUUGCAAGUAGCUCAUCGUGGGCACAUCUGCAGGACCUUCCCCUGCUGUGGAAACAAGUUUCUUCAGGAGCAAGUACACCAGUGUACGCAGGCAGGAUGCAUUUGUGUCAUUGUGCAGUCAGGGCACACGUGAGGGAACGUGCAGACCAGCUGUAUGCAGAACCUGUGCACCUUCUGAUCUGUGGAGAAAAGAGAGCACCCCAGGGGUGAUGUGGGAAAGACAGGAAGCUUUCCUAGGCUAGAUGGCAUUUAGGUGCUGUGAGUCAAGUUGGAGGCUGUUCUUUUUUUUAAGUGGCCAUUAAAUGUAGUGUUGUAAUCAGAAUCAAGGUGAUAAUUUACAUGCACUGAAAACUGUGGACAUGAACUCAGCCACACUGUGCACUUAGAUCCAAGCAGAGUAUUUCACAGGCCGCGUGCUAUGAAGUCGGAGCACUGGAUCACCAAGGCUUUUGGUUUCUAUUAUGCACUCCCAACGUUUGUCAAGUGACUGAAGGCUCAUCACUUCACCUCUCUGUGCCUCAUCUUCCCUGUCUAUCUACAUGGGGAUAGUAAUACUUACUUACCUACCUCACGGAGGUGUUGUGAGGCUUAUUAAUUAGGCCCUGAGUUUUAGAGGGAUCUUAAGCCAACUUUCAGUCUUGCAGCUGACUACCUGAAUGGUGAGUGCAGUCAGAUCUCCAUACUAGUUAGGGGAUCAUUGCUGAUGCAGGUAAUUGUUGCACUUAUCACGUCUGGAUGCUCUUCUUGAAAAUGUGGACCUGAGUAUUUGUGAUCUUGGGGGGAUCUUGGAAGAAAAGCGUGAUAGCAGGACAGAGGAUUCAAUUCUGUACCAUGAUGUAAAAUUACUUAGGUUCUGCGUAAUCAUGGCGCACGUAUGAAAUGCUUGCUUCGAGCGUAUUCUGGAAGCCACUGACGUUGAGAGGAUGAUUUCCUUUUCGCUAUUGCAAGAAAUUAACACAAGAGCUAAGGGCAAAGAACAUCAGACUGUGUAGUUACAGUCAGCUAACGAGAGAUGGAUGGUCACAAAAGUUUCAGUGCAGAAAGACAAAAAGAGUAGUUGCUCAUAUUAUGCAACGUAGCAAAAAAGAACAAGUUGACUAAAUCCAUUCAGUUUAUACGAUUCAAGUUACUUGUCUGUAUACUGCAUCUUUCUGAGACGGUUUGGUGCUAGAUACUGUCUUUCCAUCAUUAGGUGGGGAACAUUAGAAUAGUGGGCCAAAGUGAGUCAGUACAGCACCGACACAUCAGGUCGAUGGUGACUGCUGAUGGUGCAGCUUGCUGUGGUCACACGACUGCUGAGGGACUCCGUGUGACUUGCUCUGUUUCCGACCAGCAUAACUUAAAACGACAUCCCAGGAACACCCAGGAUGGAAGUGGGCAGCUUUUUAUGUAUAGCAACAGCAAAUACUCCCUGUAGUGCUGCAUAACACGCCGAAAAUAAGCCUCUUUACUGUAGUUUACAUCCGUAGCUAAAGGCUCUUUAAUCUGUGGAAAGUCUAUAUUGACAUUUUGGUACAACCCUUUUUCAUGCUGCCAGUAGGUUUUGUACUGGCUUAAAGUUUUCAGAAAGAGCUAACUUGGGGUGGGGGGUGAUGGUUCUUCCGUUGUGGUUUGUUUUUUAAGGGGAGGGGUGUAUUAGAAGCAGGGAGGGUUCAGAUGUUCAGUAUUUGGGAAAUGGGUGUUGUAUAAAUAUGGAAGGUGGGUGUCACUCGAACAGGUCUGUGAGAAGUUUAUUUCCAUGGACUUGGCACAGGGCACUUCCAUUGGCUUAAUGAGAGCCGUCAGCAUGCAUGCUUGCUUAUGUCUGGGAGACACUUCACACACCUUGUGCCUCACUCCUCCACCCCCAACUGAGAAACAACCCCUUUGUGAGGAAAAAGCAGUUUUAUCAGGUUUGCCCAAUACGUGGAGAAAUUCAGGAAAUGAAAAUAACAUGUUCUCUGUUUGAUAUUAGAAUUCCUUCUGUGGCGUUUAAAUGCAUUUGUCGUUGUUGUAUUUGUGCAUGGUACAAGUGACAACACUGCUUAAUACAGUGAGCAAUAAGAAUUAGGUAUUACCCACUUUCACACUAAACCUGCCACGUGCAACGAUUCCCCGGGGCCAUGGAAUGUGUUUUGGUUUGGUUUUAUCCCAUGUGUUUUACUGUGUGAGAUACUGAUCGCAGGUAUUUUAUUGGCUAAUCUGUAGCUGAAACUAAAGGGGAACGGUAAACAAUCUCACACAACAGAAUCCCGUUUAAUUUGGUUUUGUUGGUUAGCCUGAACCCUGGCCUGCUACUGGUUUUCCUUCUUUUUAGUCAUCCCUUACUUAAAUAAGGCAAAAAAUCAUUGAAGGGUGCUAUACCUGUGUACGUCGGUCUUGGCCGCACUUCCUCUCAUUAGGUCAAACCUGUUCUGUGGCCAUCUCUUUCGUGUUGCAGAACAGGUCCAGGUGCACAGAAGAUCUGUGAAUCUGAUAGAAAACACUGGUAGUUUCAGGCUAGGUGGUAAUAAUGGAUUUGAGCAGUUUUGGGUUCAUUGCAUUGCCGUGCAGUCCAGCAAGGCUGCAAAUGCGUAUGGGAAACUUCGCCCCUCGGUUGCAGAACUCUUCAAAAGAGCAUUGAAGAUGGUAACUCAGAGGACUGUCAGCAAAGACUCUUCCAAGCAGCAGCCCUUUAGCACUUGCUCUCCAUGUAUGCAGUGUUAGCCAUGUUUGGCCUAUACGGACAUUUUUGUAAAUUAAAACUCUGUUUCCAGACAGCAUUAAACUUUUUAUAUUAUGAAAUUUACCAUGUAAAAAGAUUUUCAUAUUUUUAUUGAAAUUGCUAAGGCAUUUGGCCUUCUUCCUUUGUGAUUUCAGUGUCUAUUAAAGCAUGAGUUCUCUCA